AUGAACAAAAUGCACGCACAUAUACCCAGAUCAGAAGAAAUGUACAAGAAUAUUGUGCAGAAUGUAUUAGACGAAGUGUGUAAGGAAAAAUUAAACAAGUAUUAUUUUUUAAUUAAGCAGAACAAAUUGCAAUCCAGGGACUUUUCCUUAAGCAAAAUAACCUUUAGAGAUGAACCAAUACUGAACUUAAAUGAUGAUCUUAAAGAAAAUGAAAAUUUUGACCUAGUUUUUAACAAUUCUGAAAUAUUUCAAAAAAAAUCGAAGAAAAAAAGAAAAGAAAAUUAUUUAUUAGAAAAACUGAAAUCAUCAAAUGAUAUAAUAACAGAUGAAAAAAUAGUAGGAAAAUUAAAUAUGCUACUAAAAUGUGAAAAUACCAAUAGAGAAAUUAUUUUAAAAAAAUGUAAUCUUCAGUCACUACAUAAUUCUUAUUCUUUUUAUGAUAAUAUAUUUUCGCAAAAUUAUUACAUAAUGGGAGAUGAAUACGAUUUUCAAAUAUCUAAACAGCUAAAUGGUUUAUCUGUCUUGUCAUUAAGUAGUUGUAACAACCUCUUUUUUACAAUUUUAAAUGAAUUGAAAAAAAACAAUUGUAAAAACCUAAAACAAUUAAUUAACGAAAAUGUAAAAGUAGAAUUUGAUCAAAGAUUAAUACAAGCUGACUUAUCGGGGAAAAGAAAGAGAAAUUCUAUAUAUGUCAAUACAAACAUGACUAUUUUAAAAGUUUUUUAUAAAAAUAAUAUAUACGCAAUUAAAAAUAAAAUAGACGGCCAUCAGCACGACAUUAAUGAAAAUGUUAUAGAAAAUCCACACCUCUUAUUUAUGAAUAAACAAGACGCGUGGUUACUUAUUUUAAAAUGCAAAGAAGAAACAAUUUCACAAAGAUGUAUAAGUGUAACGGAAUACGAAAAAGAACGAAAACAUAUUAUUCAUCAGUACAACUCUGUUUUAGAUUCCUUUGAAAAUUAA